AUGGUGAGUAUGAGAUUGUUAAGUCUUGUGGGUAAUUCUUUUGGAUGUUCUGCAUCUGGGGAGCGUCUGGUUUCUGCAGCAAGAGAUGGGGAUCUUCAAGAAGCCAAGGCUUUAUUGGAGUAUAAUCCUCGCCUCGUGAGGUAUUCGACCUUUGGUGUUCGCAAUUCUCCCCUGCAUUACUCAGCUGCGCAAGGUCACCACGAGAUCGUUUCCCUCUUAGUUGAAUCAGGAGUUGAUAUUAAUCUCAGGAACUAUCGCGGGCAGACUGCUCUGAUGCAAGCUUGUCAAUACGGUCACUGGGAGGUUGUUCAAACUCUGAUUCUUUUCAAAGCCAAUAUCCACAGAGCUGAUUAUCUUAAUGGCGGAACUGCACUUCACUUAGCUGCUCUAAAUGGCCAUUCCCGAUGUAUCCGGCUUAUUCUUUCUGAUUACAUUCCUAGCAUUCCUAAUUUUUGCAGCAUCUUAAGGAAAAGAUCGAAAAAUGAUGAAUCCAUUUCAGAAAUUGAUUAUAGUGUACUCUACGAGGUCAUCAACAGACCUGCUGAUGGUGGCAUCACUGCCCUUCAUAUGGCUGCACUUAAUGGGCAUGAUGAAGCUGUUCAACUCCUCCUGGAUUUAGGGGCUUCCGUAUCUGAGGUCACGGUGGAAGAUGGAACUACAAUUGAUUUAAUUGGUCCUGGAAGCACACCCCUCCAUUACGCUGCUUGUGGUGGUAGUUCACAGUGUUGUCAGCUUUUGAUAAGAAGGGGUGCCAUUCUGAUUGCAGAAAAUGCUUAUGGUUGGACUCCCUUGAUGGUUGCUCGAUCAUGGCGUAGAGAUUCACUUGAGGAAAUUCUCAGCAGGCGUCCAGAAAGCCAACCACAGCUUAGUCUUUCACCAUAUUUAUGUCUUCCUCUUAAGAGCAUUGUUAAUAUCUCUAGAGAAUGUGGAUGGAGAGGCAACGAUGCGCUAUCCACAUGCAUAGAUCCUUGUGUUGUUUGCUUGGAAAGGAAAUGCACAGUUGCUGCAGAAGGUUGUCUUCAUGAGUUCUGCACACAUUGUGCUCUGUAUCUAUGUUCCACAAAUAGCAUCUCUACUGUAUCUCACGGUCCCCCGGGCUCAAUUGCCUGCCCACUCUGCCGGCAUGGCAUAAUUUCUUUCGUUAAGCUUCCAGGCACGAGGUCAGUAUGCAAGGAUAUUUCAAGAACAAGUUUGUCCUUGAAUUUUUGCACUUGCUCGGCCGAGGAUCCUGAACCCACCUUACUGGAAACCCCAUUAUGCAAGCCGGAAUUCUCGUGUGCUCGGAUCUCCCCACUCGGUUCCUCUUUCCGCUCACUUAGCUGCCAAAGUUUUCCUUCUGUGAAACUCCGCCCUAGCCUUUGCAUGGGAGCUUCAGACACUACUCCUUCUUUGAUUCCAAGAUCGAUCAACCGUAACUUGAGGAAUCAACUGAUUAGAUGUUCAAGAUCCAGCUUUAGGCGUUCAACUUCUCAGAAUGAAGGCAGAAGGUGGUUAUGCUCUUUUAACCAAUCUAUGGAAACUGGAAGCACCUGUUGA